AUGGAGGGCGAGUCCGACUCCGAGGGACAGGAAGACGAUGAGAACAUUCAGGCCCUCGCCGGCAACAUUGACCCGGAAGAGGAAGCCGCCGUCAACGAGGAAGAGUUCCAGCCCGGCCAGGAUGUUGGCAAGAUUCCCAAGGUCUCCAAGGAUGUUCAAAAGUCGGUCAAGGCCUCCAAGGAGGAGCCCGGCGUUGUCUACAUCGGACGGAUACCCCACGGCUUCUACGAGUACGAGAUGAAGCAGUACCUAUCUCAGUUCGGCCCCAUCUCACGGCUGCGCCUCUCCCGCAACAAGAAGACGGGCGCCAGCAAGCACUUUGCCUUUGUCGAGUUUACCGAGGCCAGCACUGCUGAGAUUGUCUCCAAGACCAUGGACAACUACCUGCUUUUCGGACACAUCCUGAAGUGCAAGGUUCUCUCCAAGGAGCAGGUCCACGAGGACCUGUUCAAGGGCGCCAACAGAAGGUUCAAGAAGGUGCCGUGGAACAAGAUGGCGGGCAUCCAGCUGGAGAAGCCCCGUACCGAGUCCGCUUGGGAAGCCAAGGUCGCGAGAGAGCGCAACAACCGGGCAAAGAAGGCCGCCAAGCUUAAGGAGCUGGGAUACGACUUUGAGGCUCCGGAGCUCAAGAGCGUGCCGGCACCCGCGGCGGUUGAGAAUGGAGAAGAG